GGGAGGACCAGCAGCCGUCCAGAGAUCGGAGGCCGCUGCACAAGCGGUCCCAAGGAAAGGCCUGGCUCCCUCGCCGCGGUGAGGUGGUGCUUAGCAGCGGCUAUAUAGCAUUACUACCAGGAGAGAAACAAGGGAAGCACCCGUCCCCUAUCUGCGCUCUUCGGUUUCAAAACCUAACUUCCGGUUCGUUAGCCGGUUCCGGUCUCCGCCUCUUACUUCCGGUCGCGUUCGGUUCCGCUGCGGCUGGUUCCUGCGUCCGCUGCCGCCGGUUCCGCCGCGAUCCAGGUGUCUUUUUCUGAAGGAAAACUGCCUCAUCAUAUGUUUCAAGGAUGGCUCUUCCUAUCAUCGUAAAGUGGGGCGGACAAGAAUAUUCAGUGACCACGCUUUCAGAAGACGAUACUGUGCUAGAUCUCAAACAAUUUCUCAAGACCCUUACAGGAGUGCUACCUGAACGCCAGAAGUUACUUGGACUCAAAGUCAAAGGCAAACCUGCAGAAAAUGAUGUUAAGCUUGGAGCUCUCAAACUGAAACCAAAUACUAAAAUCAUGAUGAUGGGAACUCGUGAGGAGAGCUUGGAAGAUGUCUUAGGUCCACCUCCUGACAAUGAUGAUGUUGUCAACGACUUUGAUAUUGAAGAUGAAGUAGUUGAAGUAGAAAAUAGGGAAGAAAACCUAUUGAAAAUUUCCCGCCGAGUAAAAGAGUACAAAGUGGAAAUUUUGAAUCCUCCCAGGGAAGGGAAAAAGCUUUUGGUACUCGAUGUGGAUUAUACAUUAUUUGACCAUAGGUCUUGUGCAGAGACUGGGGUAGAAUUAAUGCGACCAUAUCUUCAUGAAUUCCUAACAUCUGCAUAUGAGGAUUAUGACAUUGUUAUUUGGUCUGCAACAAAUAUGAAGUGGAUUGAAGCUAAAAUGAAAGAGCUGGGAGUGAGCACAAAUGCUAAUUAUAAGAUUACCUUCAUGUUGGACAGUGCCGCUAUGAUAACAGUGCAUACUCCAAGGAGAGGAUUGAUAGAUGUAAAGCCUCUUGGUGUUAUAUGGGGAAAGUUUUCGGAGUUUUACAGCAAGAAAAACACUAUUAUGUUUGAUGACAUAGGAAGAAAUUUCCUAAUGAACCCGCAGAAUGGACUAAAGAUAAGACCUUUUAUGAAAGCGCACCUAAAUCGAGAUAAAGACAAAGAACUUUUAAAAUUAACCCAGUACCUCAAGGAAAUAGCCAAAUUAGAUGACUUUUUGGACCUAAAUCACAAGUAUUGGGAAAGGUAUCUCUCAAAGAAGCAAGGACAGUAGUUACAAGCUAUGCUGGCAGUUAUUGAAGAUACUUGAGAUUGUGAACUUCUUGCUCUUACACUAGAGAUAUUACGGUAGUGCUGGACACUGCAGCAAAUACCAGACUGCUUAUACUUGGUCUUCCAGUUUUUUGUAAAUUUAAUUUUAUAUUUUUGAAGAUCAUAGCAAUACCCUUAAAAAAAAAAAAAGCCAAACCUUUCCCCACCCCAUAUUAUUCUGUAACUCUUGAAAAAUAUUUUCUUCGGCAUAGAGUACUGAGUUUCCCCCGGCCCCACACAAAAAAACAGUGGACAAAAAUGUAUACUUAACAAUGUCAUCUUGUGACUUUAGAAACAAGUAUGUCUUGUGUUUUUGUCUCAUUGUCUUCUUGUUUAAGCCCAAACCCAUCUUGAAACUACUGUUUUUCUCUUAAAAUCAAAAAAAAAAAGUUUUUAGUAAGGAACCUAGUUUGGUAUGCUUAAAACCACCCAGAGUUUUUUUUUUUUUUUAAAUUUCUUCGUCAUAGACACAGUUUCUCUUCUUACUGCACUAUAUUAACAUCUGUAAAUUCUGAGCUGUCUCAGCUUUUGGUCUCUAUGUGUGACAGUGUUCUUUGAGGAAAACUGGAAAACAUCUGCUAUGGUACAGAUGUGCCACAGUGUGCCAAAUAGAAAACGUAAGACUGAAGGAUGAAGCUGAGGAACAAGAGAGUGUUUUGGGGUGGCUGAGUCGAAGCACUUCUGCCUGAAACCAUUGUCAUGAAAGCAGUAAAGGCGGUACAUUUUAAAAUGGGACGCAUCACUGGUUCAGCCCUGAAAAGCACGAACAAAAAGUUUUUGUUCUGCUCCAGCUCUAUCUUGUCAAAGUGCAAGCACUGUGUUUCAGUGAAAAUAUCUAGCCAAAAGACUAAAAAAAACUUUAUUUGCAAUGCUUCUGCCUGCAGGUAUGUAACGUGACCACUGUUCUGUGUUGACAGUAUUGCUUUAUACAGCUCUUGUGUUUGAAAGGACUUCCUUUCAAAUAAACACGGUGUAUAUUGUUCUUACGAGACUAAUUCUGUGGUGUAAAUAAUAAACUCCUUUUCUUAAAA